ACCAUGGUGGAAGGGAUAACACUUCCACCAUGAUUAUGACCGUUAAAAAAGGGGAAGCGUCCCUAGUUCCCUACCUGGCUUAGGAACGCAUUCCGUUCGUGAGUGUGGGGCCUGCCGCAUUGUUCACUCGUCGUGCGUCGAAAAUAACACAGAGUUCAGACGCGUGUUGAAUCGCGAAAAGUUAACGGAUUUGGAUUCUGCAAAAUGGGUUCUUCUCCAGAAAAACAUCUGGAUAAUACCGAAGAAAUUUCUUUCACGAGAAAGGAAAUUUUCAUAUUUGUGAAAUCGGUAUUGAACGGAAAUAUCAACGUGGUCACUGACAUUGUUGAAAUGGAGGUGUCAAAAAAAUUGAAGCAUCCAUACAUUUUGCCGAAAAGUCUGAAAGCUGCCAUGGGUAGAUUGGUAUCGGAAUUCAAAAAGAGGUGGCAACAAGUGAGCAGGAACGAAACCAAAUUCUUCCAAAAAUUCGACCAGUGGCUCAACGUUCCUGUGUCUUUCACAAUUGAAAAUGAAGGUUUGAAGACUUCCAUGGAAAACACAAUGGGGCGUCCUUCUACAAGCUGGGACCAUUUGAGUGAUCGGUCAAAACGGAGGAGGACAGAAAAGAUUCGAAAAGAACAUACUGUCCACGAAUUGGCCUACGCUACACAAAUGGGUCUCCGGGCUUCUGGAAAUUUACAUGCUUCAAAGGUAAUUAGGGAUGUCACAGAAGGCAGUCCAUCAAAAGCAUCACAGUACCGGAAAUCUAUGGAACGCGUUUCAGAAGAUGUGCUGUCAGGCAACGAAGCAUUAUCACUUGUAGUAGAAGGUAAAAUGACCAAAAGUCAAUACCAAUUAAUACGUUCUGUAAGCGUGAAAAAAAAUUGUAAAUUAUACCCGCCUUAUAAAUGUGUAUUGGAUUCUAAAAAAAAGUGUUACCCUGCAAAGUCAGAAAUUUCUGUAACUGAAAGUGGAGCCACAGUUGGACUCCAAGCAUUGCUUAAUCAUACAGCUGAAAGAAUAUUAAUGGUACAAUCGGACGUUAUUGAAAGUCUUCCUGAAAACAAAGUUGAUAAUUUAGAAUUGAUAUGCAAAUGGGGAUGCGAUGGCACUUCUGGUCAAAGAACUUACAAACAAAAAUUUAGCGAUGGAGGCAAUAAAUCGGAUGCCAACAUUUUCUUUAUUUCACUUGUUCCCUUGCAAAUCUUUGAUAGAGUCAAUCCACACGUGAUUAUUUGGAAAAAUCCACGUCCUUCGUCGCCAAGAUUUUGUCGCCCAAUUAAAAUUGGAUUCUUGCACGAAACUGCCGAAGCAACUAGGGCAGAAGUUGAUUGUAUCGAAGCGCAACAGAGAAGCCUUGUGCCCUUUCAAAUUGUAAUAGGCGGCAAAAAAAUUAACAUCAAUUUCAAACUUGUGUUGACAAUGAUAGAUAGUAAAGUUUGUAAUUCGUUACUUCCUAUCGGACAAAUGUCUGAAGAAGCUCAGGAAUCAUGUAACAAGUAUAUUAAAAGAUUCCGAGAAAAUUUUUUACGAAAAUGUGACCGCAUCAAAAACAUGGAAGACAUUUUUUGCAAACUUUUAGUAAUGUCAGAUCCAAUAAUAUCCAGUUUGCGAAAACAUCCUCCAAAGAAACAAAGAUCGUUAUCCCCAUACGCGGUUGAACUAUUGAUUCCACCUUCAGUUACAGAAUCAAGUCAGAUUUCUUCAAAUGAUACGAGCGAUGCAUCUGACGAUGAUGACAAUUCACAGGAUAGCGAUUAAUUGUAAGAGAUGCUAAAAUUAUAUCGAUUAGAAAUGAAAGAAUGAAAGAAAUAUAUUAUAAAUGUUCAUUGUCAUUGUAA